CCGGCCACACGGGCACUUGCAAGAUGCAAGCACUCUUGUGCUUGAACUCAUGGUGUUGGGAGGCACCAUGCCUUCCAUUGUAGCAUAAAAUGUUGAGUUCAACACAAAUUCACACUCACUUCACUCUAACGAGACGCUCUUUAGUCUCUAAUAUUCCUUCGCUUCUCCGCCGCCGCACGCUCUUCCUUUCUCGCUCGCUCUCCUCCUCGCCUGCUAACUCCGUCAACCUCUUCUGCUCCAACCACGAGGUGGCCGUUGUUGACGGCGGAGUGAUGGAGAAGGCGGCGGAGAAGGGAAAGGUGUUGAAGGUUGGUCUCAUAUGCGGUGGUCCUUCCGCUGAGCGUGGGAUUUCCCUCAAUUCGGCUCGAUCACUCCUUGAUCACCUGCAGGGAGACAAUUUACACGUUAGUUGCUAUUACAUUGACUGCAAUCUCAAUGCGUAUGCAAUUUCCUCAGCUCAGGUAUAUUCCAACACACCUGCUGAUUUUGAUUUUAAACUUGAAAGCCUUGCCCAAAGUUUCCAGACUUUGUCUGACUUAGCAAAGCAUCUAGCUACAGCUGUGGACAUAGUAUUUCCAGUUAUACAUGGCAAAUUUGGUGAAGAUGGUGGCAUUCAGGAAUUGCUGGAAAGAUAUAAUGUUCCAUUUGUUGGCACGGGAUCAAAGGAGUGUGUCCAAGCAUUUGACAAGCAUAAAGCAUCACUGGAGCUCCGGAAGCAUGGAUUCAUAACAGUACCCAGUUUCUUAGUUCAGGGGUAUGAAACAAACAAAACAGAAGUAUUGGAAUGGUUUAAAAAGCACCAGCUGGACCCUGACUUGGGGAAAGUUGUGGUAAAACCAACAAGAGGAGGGUCAAGCAUUGGUGUUAGAGUUGCUUACGGUGUUAAUGAUUCUCUUGUAAAAGCCAAUGAAAUUAUGUCUGAGGGAAUUGACAAUAAAGUGCUGAUAGAAAUAUUUCUUGAAGGAGGGAGUGAGUUUACAGCCAUUGUCCUUGAUGUAGGAUCUGGUUCUGAUUGCUUUCCUGUUGUACUACUUCCAACCGAGGUGGAGCUUCAAUUUCGUGGGGCAAAUGAUGUGAAAGAGAAUGAUGCAAUAUUUAAUUACCGCAGGAAAUACCUUCCAACCCAACAGGUUGCCUAUCACACUCCACCACGGUUUCCUUUAGAUGUCAUUGAGAAUAUUCGCAAAGGAGCAUCUCUGUUAUUUCAGCAGCUUUGCCUGCAAGACUUUGCUCGAAUUGAUGGAUGGUUUUUGCCAAAUUCAGGUUCCAAGUUAUCAUCAUCUUCAGAAAGCGAGUUUGGAAGAACUGAAUCAGGUUCCAUAGUAUUCACUGACAUUAACCUGAUCAGUGGUAUGGAACAAACCAGUUUUCUAUUUCAGCAAGCUUCUAAGGUUGGGUUUUCUCAUACAAACAUCCUCAGAAGCAUUAUUCAUCAUGCUUGCUUGAGAUUUCCAAAUCUUGCAUCAGUUAGUGGUAUAAUAGGUCAACUUCCAAGCAGGUCAAAAUCCUUACAACUUAACAAUUCAUUUUCUCACCAUAAAGGAGCUCGAAAAGUUUUUGUCAUUUUUGGAGGUGACACAUCAGAACGACAAGUAUCUCUUAUGAGUGGUACAAAUGUUUGGCUCAAUUUGCUAGCCUUCCAUGAUCUUGAGGUCACUCCAUGUUUGCUUUCCCCAACAAGUGUUGAUGCAGGAAAGGAUGAUGACGUAAUGAAUAGAACAGUUUGGUCAUUACCUUAUUCUCUUGUGCUACGACAUACUACUGAGGAGGUACUGGAUGCAUGCAUGGAAGCAAUUGAGCCAGAACGAGCUGCCAUAACAUCUAACCUACGGAAGAAAGUAAUGGAUGAGCUUAUGCAGGGUUUGAAAGACCACAAUUGGUUUACAGGGUUUGAUAUUGCUGAUGAACUUCCAGUGGAAUUUUCUUUAAGGCAGUGGAUCAAGCUUGCCAAGGAAGUCCAGGCAACAGUUUUUAUUGCAGUGCAUGGAGGUAUUGGAGAAGAUGGUACACUUCAAUCUUUGUUAGAUGCUGAAGGAGUGCCCUACUCAGGUCCUGGUGCAAUGGCAUCAAAGAUUUGCAUGGACAAAGUUGCAACUUCGGUGGCUUUAAAACAUCUUGCAAAUUCGGGAGUUCUUACCAUAAACAAGGAUGUCAGACAAAAAGCUGAUCUCUUUAAUAAGUCCAUAAAUGAUACAUGGCAUGACCUCACCUCGAAGCUGCAGUGCCAAACAUUAUGUGUCAAACCAGCAAAAGAUGGAUGCUCAACUGGGGUUGCUAGACUAUGCUGUUCCCAGGACCUUGCAAUAUAUGUCAAAGCUCUGGAGGACUGUCUACUAAGAAUUACUCCAAAUAGCUUAUCAAAGGCACAUGGUAUGAUUGAGAUGCCAAACCCUCCUCCAGAGCACGUAAUCUUUGAACCUUUCAUAGAGACAGAUGAAAUACUUGUGACAACCAAAUUUGAGAAUGCCACUGGUAGUGGCCUUACGUGGAAAGGGAACAGCAGAUGGGUGGAAAUAACAGUUGGCGUCCUAGGAAAACGUGGAUCAAUGCACUCGCUAAGUCCUAGUGUAACUGUCAAGGAAUCUGGUGAUAUUUUGUCACUAGAGGAGAAGUUCCAAGGUGGGACUGGCAUCAAUCUGACUCCGCCUCCCUUGUCAAUUAUGAGUGAGAAUGCUUUGAAGAGGUGUAAACAGCACAUUGAACUCAUUGCAAAUACUCUACAAUUGGAAGGAUUUUCACGAAUAGAUGCAUUUGUAAAUGUUGACAGUGGAGAGGUUUUGAUGAUAGAGGUAAAUACUGUUCCUGGAAUGACACCUUCCACUGUUCUGAUUCAUCAGGCACUAGCUGAACAACCACCAUUGUAUCCCCAUGAGUUCUUCCGUAAGCUUCUUGAUUUGGCAUCUGAAAGGUCCAUGUAAAUCGAAUGUUUACAUUGUUUCAUCAAAUGCUGUUAUCACGUGAAGUUAUUUCGUGGCAGUAGAUAUAACAUUCAUAUUUUCGUCUCAGCAACUUUAUUUUGUCAAACUUUAUUAUUUACUUUUGUUGCGUCCCUUUCAAUUAUGUCUUCACAUGCAAUCAGAUUCUUAAACUGAUUUUGGAGACAAUUUAUGUUUUAUAACUUUAAAUCUAUACUCACUAGCUUUGUUAAUCAUAA